UAAAUCCAUUAACUGUUACUGUUAAGAGCAUAGGUUUGGAUUAUUUUCCCGCCAAAAAUGGAGAAUCGACGGAGAUUGCAGUAUCCGACGUCUGAAUCAACGGCUUCGAUCGGCGCUAAGCUUACAAGACUAGUUUCGCGGCAUGAUCAAGUGAAGAUUGCUUAUCAACAGCUGAAAUUGCAGAUCAAAUUCGGUUUGGGCGAAGCGGAGGAUGUGUUUUCUUCCUUGGCGAUUCCCUUGAUGAAGCUGGUUGGAUUGAAAACAGAAGAAAUGGCCGAAGAGGGACGAUUCAACACGGUCGUCGUGGAUGCUGAUUUCUCUUCCGGCCAGGGAUUCCAUCGGAACGGUUUCACAACUGAGAUAUCACCGACUGUAGCUGGAGGAGAAUGGAGCAAUGAGACCUACAGAAAGGAAGAAAGCAGUGCUGUUAAGGCAAUGAUAGCAGGCAAAGAAUUUUAUGAGAAGCAACAAACACAAUUAGUGCAGCUUGUCCACCUGCUUAGACAAGUUGAGAACCGAGUCAAUUCUCACCAAGAGGACAUUCUUCAAACCCUUGGCACUCAGCGGGACUCCCUCCAAAACCUUUUCCGCGAAGCAGUUUAUUAUAUAUACGCUGUCCAUAAACAAAACCAAGACAUCUUUCUAAUCACACUGAAGCUCUUACAACACAUAUUUGAUAAAACAAAUGCAGUGCUUAGUUCAGUUGAGGACAACAUGCAGGGACUAAUGGAAGAUUUAGCUGAAAGAAUGUGUAUCCCAAUGGUGGAGUACGUCAAAGGCCUGAAAGCUGACUUGAAGAUUGGAACAUGUGCUCGUCUGCUGGACUCUUGGGAUGAGAUUGAAAGAUCCAUGAGAAGUGGUAGGAUUGAGUUAGAAGAAGCAAGGAAAAUGUUCCGAGUAGCAGAGGAGGGGAGGAUCAAAGCACUGUGCAAGUUAAAGGAGACAGAAGAGAAAGUGAGGAGAAUGAAGGAAUACCAUGAGUUCCUUGUUGCAAUUCAAAAACAGCAUAUUGCUCAACAUGCCUCACACAAGUUCUUAUGCAUGGAGGAAGCUGAAGGAAACAAUAACAAUCAAGUGUGGGAGCUACAGUGGAAAACGAGGAGGUUCCGAACACCUGGGAGUCCAAUGGGACCUAAAGAACUUCUAUACUCUGAGACCAACAACAAGCAGCAUCAAUCUACAAGAGCAAGGCCUUCAUUACAUCACAGGCCAGUCAUUCAGAGUAAUUUUCAAGCUCUGGGUUCAGAAACUCCAUGCCUCGACACACGAAUCCCAUUAGGCUUAUCACCUUCAUCGGCAGUUCAGCACGUGGGUUCACGCAAGCGCAUCAACCCUUGGCCCCUGAAUCCUUGAUGACUCGCAAGGUUAGAUUGUUCUUCACUAUUUCCAAUUUCAAUGAGCGAAUGGACCCUUUGUUAUUACCCUACUAUGUGUGUAUGCUUUGGGGAAAAGAUUAGGAGCAUCUCAAACCAAGCAUUUGAUUAAACAUGCUUUUAGUUUUCAUGUUUUAAUGUGUGUCCUAACCAUAUUUUGACCCGAUCAAAC